GCAGCAGUCGUGUCAAAGUUCACUAUAUAGAGAGCUCAGUGAGCUGAUCAGAGAGAAAGCAUUCUGCCAGCCCGGCUCCUACCAAUCGCAAAUCACUUCCUAACCUCCGCCUUUUUAACAUAUUUGAUCACUUUGAUUCAGAGCUCCUUUUUCCGAUUAUUUUUCGGUCCACGGAGGAGGUUUUCUAGGUUGUGAUCUCUGUUUUUUGUUUUUUUUGUUUUUUAGUGCUUUCGCUUUUUUGUGAGUGUGUGCGUUGGGGAGAGUUGUCUUCAUAUUCCAGCCUCUCAAAAACAUUGGCUUGAGCCGCGCGUUUGCUUGGCGCUGCACCUCAGAGGAAAGAAAAGGAAGAAGACGCGAUUUUUUUUACCCAGUUGGUUGAUUUUCUUCAAGACUUGUGCUGGAACUUGAUAGUAGCUGCUACAGGGUGCUUCACCGAUUGUUUCAUGCUGCUGCAGGCGCGCUCUCUCCAACCUGCUCCAUCCUCCUCUGAGUAAUCCAUGCUACCUCGGUUGGGUAUUUGAAUAUUUAGCCUGUCUUCUCCCAUUGAUGGCUGUGCUGGAUGGCUGACUGUAAGCGCCCCUGGACUUGGCCUUUAAGCGCAAGGCAGCGAAUCAGCUCGCCAUCGCAUCAGUUUUGAAAACGUGCUUCGCAGCGUCUCCAACAGCAAUAAAUCGACAGUUCUUUUUUCGGGAGUGGAUUCAACGUAGGCUAGAUUUUGACAUUUUGUGUGUCACAGUUUUGCCUCGUUUCCCAGAGACAUUCUCCUCCCGCGACAGCAAAACGGCAGACAAAAAGUUUCUUUACGUUGACUGAUAGAUAUGGCAAUGGUAGUGUGGAGAGGCUCCCAGGACGAUGUGGCUGACACCCAAGGCACCCUUUCCUCGCAGACCCAAGGAGGACUAUCUCUUCCCACCCCUCAGCCAGGCCAGUUGAGUCUGACAGCCUCUCAGGUCGCCCCUCCGACCCCUCAGACGCCGGUCCAAGGACCCCCGAACAACACGCAGUCCACGCCGUCGAACCAGACGUCGCAGCAGUCGGAGAAGCAGUCGCAGCACAUUGAGUGUGUGGUGUGUGGGGAUAAAUCCAGUGGCAAACACUAUGGCCAGUUUACUUGCGAGGGCUGCAAAAGCUUCUUCAAACGGAGCGUACGACGGAACCUCACUUACACAUGUCGUGCCAACAGGAAUUGUCCAAUCGACCAACACCACCGCAAUCAGUGUCAGUACUGCCGCCUCAAAAAAUGCCUCAAAGUCGGCAUGAGACGGGAAGUUUCUCUUUUUACUGCAGCCGUGCAAAGGGGACGGGUGCCACCCACACAGCCACAUCAUGGUCAGUUCGCCUUGACAAAUGGAGACCCACUGCACUGCCAUUCCUACUUAUCCGGAUAUAUCUCUCUUCUGUUGAGAGCGGAGCCCUAUCCGACGUCCCGGUAUGGCAGCCAAUGCAUGCAGCCCAACAACAUCAUGGGCAUCGAGAACAUUUGUGAACUAGCAGCCAGGAUGCUGUUCAGCGCCGUGGAGUGGGCCAGGAAUAUUCCCUUCUUUCCAGACCUGCAGAUCACAGACCAGGUGGCUCUGCUGAGGUUGACGUGGAGUGAGUUAUUUGUGCUGAACGCGGCGCAGUGCUCCAUGCCGCUGCAUGUGGCUCCUCUCCUGGCGGCGGCUGGCCUGCACGCCUCCCCCAUGUCCGCGGACAGAGUGGUGGCCUUUAUGGACCACAUUAGGAUCUUCCAGGAACAAGUGGAGAAGCUCAAGGCUUUGCACGUUGACUCUGCUGAAUAUAGCUGCUUAAAGGCAAUUGUGCUCUUCACCACAGAUGCUUGCGGCCUCUCAGAUGUGGCCCAUGUGGAAAGUUUGCAGGAGAAGUCCCAGUGCGCCCUGGAGGAAUACGUCCGGAGCCAGUACCCCAACCAGCCCACACGCUUUGGGAAGUUGUUACUCCGCUUGCCUUCCCUCCGCACAGUCUCUUCCUCGGUCAUAGAACAGUUAUUUUUCGUCCGAUUGGUAGGUAAAACCCCCAUUGAAACUCUCAUCAGGGAUAUGUUGCUGUCGGGGAGCAGUUUUAACUGGCCUUACAUGUCAAUUCAGUAAACCAAGAAGGAGACGAACAAACAAAAGGUGGGGCUGGGGAGGGGAAGGGGAGGAGGGUCGCGGGGCUGCGAGACUACAAUGAUUAUAGCUGCUUUUGUGGAAGGAAUAAAAAAAAGCAACCGGCUGUUACACGGGGCUGGCUUUCAUGAAGAAAGACUUUGACGUAAAUGACUGUGAAUCCCCCCCCCCCCCCCCCCCCCCAAUGCUCCCCCAAAAAAAUUGAGACAUCCACUGAACUUUCAAAAUGGCAGAAACAAGCUCCCAGAACAACCUGCUUCGAUUCAUUUUUUCUAAUGAAAGAAGAAAUGAGGGGGGUGGAGGGGAUUUUUUGUUGAUCUUCGUGAGGAAAAUUUAAGUAUUAAGUGCAUUUAAAAAUGAUAAUUUGGUUUCAAAAAAGGAAAAAAACUGGAGAAAGGGAAAAUACGAAAACGUGAAUUUUUCUUUUCUCUAAAUGACUUGUCCUGUGUCCAUGUAUAGCUGUGUUUUGUACUUUCUUUGUUCCUCCUUUCUGGUUCCAAACCGGCCUAUGUGAUUUCUGUAGUACAGGUGGUGUUAUUUUCUAAGACAAUGAUUUUAUUUUGAAAAGGUGAAAUGAUGUUGAAAAAAACGUUCUAAAAAGAAUUAAAACCACAGCAAUAGGAGUAUAGGCUUAUAAACUAGGCUUAAUGCUGCAAGCGCACUUAUAUUGUUAGGAUGACCAACACCAUGAGGGAGUUUGUGGAGUUCAUGUUCAACUUUAUGACCCAGUGAAAAAUACUUUUUUUUUUUUUUUUAGAAAAUAUAUUUUCCAAAUUGUUUGCUGGAGGGUCUUUCCCAGUUCAUCUAGUUUGACUAUAUAUAAACAGUUCCCCAAUUUGAUAUAAUACAAAUACAAAUCCAACAAGUAGCCUGCUGUUGCUCUUUAAGCGUGACACGUGCACACAAGAGCGUGCGCAGUGAUUCAAGCUGCACUGAAAUCAUACCUGACUUCUCUAAAAAAAAAAAUUAAAAAAAAUUAAAAAAACUU